AUGAUCGAGGAGGACGCUGCUCUGAGGAACGGUGGCCGGGGACUCUCGGGCCAGUGGGCAGACGCGGCGGCAGUGCGACCCCGCACCACGGAGCGACACAUAACGGUGCACAAGCGCCUGGUGAUGGGCUUCGCCAUCUCCAUCCUCGCAUUGCUGGUGGUCACCAUGAUCGCUGUGCUGCUCAGCGUGCGCAUCGAGGAGUGCAGCAGCGGCACCGCGGCUGACGGCCCAGGAGGCAGGGCAGGCAACCGGAGUGUCCCGGCAGCAGCCGCAGCCCCCGCAGGAAGUGCCCGCCUGAACCAGAACAGCGCCGGGGAAACCCCUGGAACUGGAGAGGUAGAGACAGUGGCGCUGGAAGCUGCAAGAGGGGAAGAGGAAGAGGAGGAGGAGUGGCCGAGGCGGCGGGAGCAGCCGCCCUGGACUCAGCUGCGCCUUCCCGGACACCUGCGCCCCCUCCACUACAACCUGAUGCUGAGCGUCUUCAUGGAGAACUUCACCUUCAGCGGCGAGGUCAACGUGCAAGUCGAGUGCCUCAACGCGACCCGUUACAUCGUGCUCCACGCCCACCGCAUGCACAUCGAAGCCGUCCGCGUGGCUGAGGACCGGCUGGCCGGUGCCUUGCACGUCUCCGGCUUCUUCCUUUAUCCGCAGACCCAGGUCUUCGUGAUAGUCCUCAAUCGGAGCUUAGAGGUACAGAGAAGUUACAACCUCAAGAUACUCUACAACGCUCCAAUCGAAAACGAGCUGUUGGGGUUUUUCCGCAGCUCUUACGUCCUCUAUGGGGAGAGAAGGUUUCUUGCAGUUACACAGUUUUCUCCUACACAUGCCAGAAAAGCCUUUCCUUGCUUUGAUGAGCCUAUCUACAAGGCCACAUUUAAAAUCAGCAUCAAACAUCAAGCAACCUAUUUAUCUUUGUCUAAUAUGCCUGUGGAAACUUCUGUUUCUGAAGAAGAUGGAUGGGUUACAGAUCACUUUGCACAAACUCCACUCAUGUCCACAUAUUACCUCGCCUGGGCUGUUUGCAACUUUACAUACCGUGAGACUACCACAAAGAAUGGUGUUGUAGUCCGAUUGUAUGCAAGACCUGAUGCCAUUAGAAGAGGAUCUGGGGAUUAUGCUCUAAACAUUACACGGAGAUUAAUUGAGUUCUAUGAAGAUUACUUCAAAGUACCCUAUUCCUUGCCAAAAUUAGAUCUGUUAGCUGUGCCUAAGCAUCCUUAUGCUGCUAUGGAGAACUGGGGAUUAAGUGUCUUUGUGGAGCAGAGAAUACUCCUGGAUUCAAGCAUUUCUUCCAUAUCAUAUUUACUGGAUGUCACCAUGGUCAUUGUGCAUGAGCUAUGCCAUCAGUGGUUUGGUGAUCUUGUAACUCCUGUAUGGUGGGAAGAUGUAUGGCUGAAAGAAGGCUUUGCUCACUAUUUUGAAUUUGUUGGAACUGACUAUCUCUAUCCAGGCUGGAAUUUGGAGAAGCAGAGGUUUCUGACUGAUGUCUUACAUGAAGUAAUGUUACUUGAUGGCCUGGCAAGUUCACAUCCAGUGUCACAGGACGUGCAGCAGGCCACAGACAUUGACCGAGUAUUUGAUUGGAUCGCCUAUAAAAAGGGUGCAGCCUUAAUUCGAAUGCUGGCUAAUUUUAUGGGUCACUCAGUGUUUCAGAUGGGCCUGCAAGAUUAUUUAACUAUUCACAAGUAUGGCAAUGCUGCCAGAAAGGACCUAUGGAAUACACUGUCAGAGGCACUUAAGAAGGUUGGGAAAUUUGUGAAUAUCCAAGAAGUAAUGGAUCAAUGGACACUCCAAAUGGGUUACCCUGUUAUCACCAUCAUGAGAAAUGAAAAUACAGACACUAUUAUAGGAAUCUCUCAAGAGCACUUUAUUUAUGACCUUGAUAAAGAUCCUGGCUUGAGAAAUAACAGCUACUUGUGGCAGAUUCCAUUAACAAUUGCAGUAGGAAAUACGAGCCACAUCUCAUCAGAGGCAAUUAUAUGGGUGUCUAACAAAUCAGAACAUCACAGGAUUGCAUAUCUUAAUGGAGGUACCUGGCUGCUUGGAAACAUCAAUCAAGCUGGCUAUUUUAGGGUUAACUAUGACAUUAGAAACUGGAGACUGAUAAUUGACCAACUAAUGAGAAACCAUAAGGUAAUUUCUGUCAGUAAUCGUGCAGGUUUGAUCGAUGAUGCAUUCAAUUUAGCCAGGGCUGGCUAUUUGCCCCAGAAUAUUCCUCUUGAAAUUAUCAGAUAUCUGUCGAAGGAAAAGGAAUUUCUACCUUGGCAUGCUGCUAGCCGAUCUCUUUAUCCUCUAGAUAAGUUGUUGGACCGCACGGAGAACUACAACAUGUUCAAUGAAUACAUUUUGAGACAAGUUGCUUCAAUGUAUCUUAAGCUGGGAUGGCCUACGAAUAAUUUGGAGAAGUCUUUUGUUCAAGCUUCCUACCAGCAUGAGGAGUUCCGCCGUGAAGUGAUUAUGCUGGCUUGCAGCUUUGGUAACAAGCACUGCCACCAGCAGGCUGCAACUCUAAUCUCUGACUGGAUCUCCAGCAAUAGAAACAGAAUACCCCCAAAUGUAAGAGACAUCGUCUACUGCACAGGAGUUUCACUGAUGGAUGAAGAUGUAUGGGAAUUCAUCUGGAUGAAGUUCCACUCAACUACAGCAGUAUCAGAGAAGAAAAUAUUAUUAGAAGCUUUAACCUGUAGUGAUGACAGAAAUUUGUUAAACAGGCUUCUUAACCUGUCUCUUAAUUCAGAAGUUGUCCUGGAUCAGGAUGCAAUUGAUGUCAUAAUCCAUGUAGCUAGAAAUCCACAUGGAAGAGAUCUUGCCUGGAAAUUUUUUAGAGAAAAGUGGAAAAUACUGAAUACAAGAUAUGGAGAAGCGUUAUUUAUGAAUUCAAAACUGAUAAGCGGAGUCACAGAAUUUCUUAAUACAGAGAGUGAACUGAAUGAGCUAAAAAAAUUCGUAAAGAAUUAUGAGGAGAGAUCUGCUGCCUCUUUCUCUCGAGCUGUGGAAACAGUGGAAGCAAAUGUCCGAUGGCAAAUGAUUUAUAAAGAAGAAUUGUUUCAGUGGCUGAGGAAAACACUUGCACACUAAUCAGUGUUUCUGGCAGAGACCUAGUACAAAUUGUGCAAGAGGAGAAGCACAGUGGGAACUUUCAGAAAACUGACUAGAAAUUUGGCGAAGACAAGUUCAA